CUUAUGAGCUCCACAGUGCAGGGGAGACAACUGUUAUGGCAGGAGUCCACUUAAAUGUUAAUAUCUCCUCCUGCUGCUGUCUCCUUUUCUAUCCAUGGAUGAUCACUGACAAGGUGAUUUUUGCCUGCAAACUUUUACUGGAAGAUGGAAAGAAAACAAAGCUGUAGAGACCAAAUAAGUGGAAUAAGAUACCAAAAAAUGAUUAAGACCCUGUUACAGUAUGACACUAUCAAUAUUCGGAUUGAUCCACCCACUUCUGCAGGGAUUCAACGUCCGAGUGAGAGAGUGUAAGAGGGUUGAGCCUUAUCGGAAGAAGGGUUAACAGCCUGUCGCUCAGUUCUGUGCUGGAGACGAACGAACUCUCAGCUCAAGCUUUGUGUCCCGGACGCGGCCAGCUGCACACAAUGAUCCCCAUCGCCUUCUGCACUCCAACUAUGCGCAAUUGCGCUUUUUUCCGAGGUUUAAAGCUUUUUCAGAGGCCAUGGACACGCCAGCCUGGACUAACUGCAUCCACUCGCGGCCUCCAUGUGGACGGUCCGCCCAUCAUCCCGACUCUCACCACCAGCUAUGUCCACGGCACGUCUUCCACUUCGCUGCUCCACAUGACGGUAGCAGAGAGCCUCCAGAGGUCGGUGGAGCGCUGGCCCGACAGAGAGGCCAUGGCUUUCCUACAAGAUGGAGUCCGCAAGACCUUCGCACAGUUCCAACAAGAUGUGGACCAGGCUGCAGCCGGGCUGCUGGCGCUCGGAAUGAAGAAAGGAGACCGGCUCGGCAUGUGGGGACCAAACACUUAUGAGUGGGUCCUGUUCCAGUUUGCAACAGCCAAAGCUGGGAUUAUACUGGUGGCUGUGAACCCAGCAUACCAGAUGCAGGAGGUGGAGUUUGCCUUGCAGAAGGUUGGGUGCAAAGCUGUAGUGUGCCCUACGCAGUUUAAAACCCUGAAUUACUGCGACAUGCUGAGGAAGAUCUGUCCAGAAAUCGAGACGUCCAGCCCAGGAGACAUCAAGAGCAGCAGGUACAGAUCACCCGUCAGCCCCUCAGGUCGAAACGUGAUGUUCCCUCCAAGCAUGAAGGCGGCAGGUUUAACGCACAGGGAACCAUUAGUGGACCUGCUAACUCUGUGCAGUAAUGUUAGAAUAAUAUUUUACCAGGGUACAACUGGAGCUCCAAAGGGUGCCACGUUGUCACAUCACAACAUCAUCAACAACGCCUACUUUAUUGGAAGAAGAAUGGGAUACCACUGGAGACCUCACACUCGAGUCUGUGUUCCAGUACCUCUGUACCACUGCUUCGGCUCUGUGGGUGCCGGGAUCUGCAUGGCCGUGCACGGCAUCUCCACCGUCUAUCCUUCCAGGGGAUACGAUGGAAAGGCAAACUUGGCAGCUAUCGAGAGUGAAAGGUGCACUUUCAUCUAUGGCACGCCCACCAUGUAUGUCGACAUGGUCAACCAGCUGGACCUCACUAAAUAUGACUUGUCAUCAGUGGUGGGAGGCAUCAUGGCUGGUUCACCGUGCCCUCAAGAACUUGUGAAGAAAGUUGUGUUUGACUUGAAAGUGAAGGAAAUAACAAUUGGAUAUGGCACCACGGAGAACAGCCCCGUGACGUUCCUCGCCUCCCCACUGGACAACGUGGAGAGAAAGACUGAGACUGUUGGCUACAUUACAGAUCACUUGGAGGCUAAAAUAGUGGACCCUACAACCGGGAUGAUCGUACCCGUGGGUGCCUCAGGGGAGAUUAUGAUCAGAGGAUACUGUGUGAUGCUGGAAUACUGGAACGACAAUGCAAAAACAGACGAGUGCAUCACUAAAGACCGAUGGUACAAAACUGGCGACAUCGGCAGCAUGGAUGCAUACGGCUACUGCAAGAUAGACGGCAGGAUUAAAGACAUGAUCAUCAGGGGAGGAGAGAACAUUUACCCGGCAGAGAUCGAGCAGUUUCUGCACAGACACCCCAAAGUUAAAGAGGCACAGGUGGUGGGAGUUAAAGAUGAGCGUAUGGGUGAGGAGAUCUGUGCCUGCAUCAAACUGGUGGACGGAGCAGACUGCACUGCAGAAGAAAUCAAAGCUUACUGCAAGGGACAGAUCUCCCACUUCAAGAUUCCUCGUUACAUACUUUUUGUAACCAGCUACCCACUCACGAUCACUGGAAAGAUCCAAAAGAACAAACUGAGUGAACAGGUGGAGAAGCAACUGAAGAAGUGAAAAUGAAAAGCUACAAACUGUACAGAGGGAAUUUAAUUAAUACGUGUGCGUGAUUCCGAUACCAAAGAUACAAAUUGUGGUUGUCAGAACUGGCCAACAGAAAUCGCCUCAAGAUCUUAAAACAUCUGAAGAGGCAACCUGAGCAUUCUGUGGAAAUUCAGCUAAAAUGCCACAUGUUACAGGAAAAUAUACAGAGCCGAGUGGUUACAGGGACAAUGUAACCCCCCCCCCCCCAAAAUACAGUAUCCUGUACCUGCUGCAGAAAAUAGUCCCACAUAGAAACACUAUUUACUUUUAAGGGCCCUUUUUAAGUGCUUUUGUCUGUAUAGGCAGGACAAAGGUUGUAAGGUUUUUAAAAUGUUUUUUAAUGAUUUUUUUUAUGCUGUUGAGGCACACGCUAAUUUUUAUUUUGCAAAAAAUUUAUAAAAACAAAAAUCUUCAUUAUAUGAACUUGAAAUAAACCUUUUUACAAAUUAUUAAAA